AUGCGAGUCUGCAGCUCGGCGUUCUUGGUGUUAGUGAUCUCCACGGCGGCCACUUCACUGGCUUCUUCAUUCUCCUUCUCGACUUUAUUUGCGGGUGGUGCUGACUCUGGAGCAAAGUCCGCAUCCCAAAACGACUCCGUGGUUAACAGUGACAGCCCCAACGUGCCAGCUCGACAACCUCUCUUGGAUGCUACAGACUGGUUCCUCACAGAAGAGGAAAUCACGAACUCUCGAGGUGGAGUGCCACGGGAUGGCUUGGCCGUAUACACGACUGGCAACAAGGUGACAUCCCUGACAGUACCGAACGAAUUUUACGAUGCCACUUACGACGAUUUCACUUCGACAAAUGCGGGGGACCGUAUUCUGCUCUCAGCAUGGGAAGUGGGUCUUGUUCCGCUCAAACCCGACAUUGACCCUACCGGCGCAACAACGGGUUUCCAUGAGAUGAUAGCUAGAGUCGUGGAGCGAGGUGGAAGUUUUCACAUCCUGGGUUGGUCGAAUCUUUUGCAUCGGAAGGUCAACAUUGAAGCCCGCGAUGAUAUCAACAAGAUUCCUCCGUCUGGAGUUAACGGAGCUCAAGCACUAUACAUUUUCGACGACCGGGUCCGCACGAUGACUUCGUCGCAUCACCAGAAAUCGCUGGUUUUCGCUGUCAACAGCUCGUCAAGUAAGACGGACCAGCCCAUUGCGUACGUGGGUGGACUCGACUUCACUAUCGAUCGAUGGGAUACUAUUUACCACAACAACUCAGCUAUACGAGAUGCUGCCGGAAUUACGUUUGAACGCAAAGGUUGGAUAGAUGCUCACGUGCGAAUUCACGGACCUGCUGCUAAGGAUGUGGCAAACAAUUUCUUGGCUCGAUGGAACUCAGACUACCUGCCGUGCCAAGGUCUAGACGAUGAGUUGCUUGACUACGUGAACCCGACGUACGAGAAACUCCCUCCGCUGGAUUACGCGAGCAGUAAUACUACAGCAAAAUUGGGCAAGCAAAGCAUACAGAUUGUUCGAACCUUUAGCUGCAAAUACAAACAUUACAAGGAGUUUGCUCCACACGGAGAGAACUCGCUGUUCCAGGCGCGCCUCAAAGCUAUCAGGAACGCGAAAAACUACAUUUACGUCGAAGACCAGUAUUUCAUUCUCAUGCCAGAAUUACUGGAUGCACUGAUGGAAGUGAUGCCGAGGAUUCAGCGUCUCAUCGUCAUUGUGAAUGUUCUAGAGUUCAAGUAUCGGGCUACAGGGUACGAAAAAUAUCUGUACGACAUGGUGUCUCCCCUUCUGAAAGCCUUCCCGAACAAAUUCAAUCUCUACACGAUCAAGGAGAAGCUGAACGUUUACAUUCAUAGCAAAAUGGUGAUCAUCGACGACGUGUAUUUGUCUGUUGGCUCGUCGAAUUGGAAUCGACGAGGUAUGACGUCGGACUCGGAGAUGAACGCUAAUAUUGUGGACACCGAUACGAAAAAGUCCCCGGAUGGGGUCAUUGUGAGCAAAUUUGCUCGAGACUUUCGCAUUCGGAAGUUUCAGGAAAUGACGGGUCUGAGCUACGACGAGUUGGACGCAAUGACGCUGAUGGAAGCUUUCAGCAGCUUUGAAGAGGCUGCCUCCGAUGCAUCGACGAUACUUCAGCAUUUGAGUGUCCCGUAUCACGCCUAUUAUCUUGCGUUUACCAACUUCAUCCGACAAAAUGUAGAUCCUCAAGAUACAUGCACGUGA